AGCAAAGAGAUAUCUCUGUGAGGUCAUCUUGGCAAGAAGCUCUCUUCCCGUCCUUGACUUCCAGGUCUCCAGGGCAACCGCUGCUGGGAUGUCAUAGGCACCAGAUCCUGUCCCUUAGAGUCCACAUCGCAGGAAGGACAGAUAAGCAAUUUCUUGGCAACUGUCAGGUAGCAGAUUCAUUCUCCAGUGAGAGAAUGAUGUACCCUAACAGCACCUGUUCUUUCUGAGCCGUGCGUUUCUGAGCUGGCACACAACACACCAACCUUGUACUGCUGCUGAUUGUCGCACAUGUACUCAGCUCUCCCAUGUGAUGGUGGACACCCCGAGGGAGCUACAAGCCUUAACAAGCUCCCGAAAUCUUCCUGCAAUGAAGAUAGUGCAGGAGGGAAUGCGGGAGAUGCUCUUCCCACCACUGCAGAAGACCUAGCUGGAGCAAAGAUUUACCGUGGGUGUUGAAGGUUUCUUCAAGAGGUGGGCUAUGGACUAGACCUUGAGUAUGGUUGGAUGAAGUGCUGACAGGAAUCCCAUUAAAUGCAGCUUCUGAUCCAGGAAUGAGGGCAGAGGACCACAUGGCACAGAAGACACAGGAGCCCAUGAUGCCACCUUGGGCCAGGCUUGGAGCAGAGAAAUCCCAGCCUUUUAUAAUUAAGGGGAAGAGGACCAAUGCCAGAACGGACAGUCGUGGUGCAGACCCACUUCGUGUCUGGGUGGCCAAAGAUUUUAUUUAUGAGGAAGUGUCUGACAGUGGCGGCAGCAGGCGGAGACUUGCACGAUGGCCCCGGACCCCUGGUUCUCCACAUACGACUCUACCUGCCAAAUUGCACAAGAGAUUGCCGAGAAAAUCCAACAGCAAAAUCAGUAUGAAAGAAAUGGUGAAAAUACAAUCAGGCUUACCGUGACAAUCAGAACUUUGUUGCAGAAUCUGAAGGAAAAGAUCGCCUUUUUGAAGGACUUAUUGCUAAAUGCUGUGUCAACACAUCAGAUCACACAGCUUGAAGGAGACCAAAGACAGAACCUCCUGGAUGAACUCAUAACUCGAGAGAGACUGCUUGUGGCAUCUUUUAAGAACGAGGGUGCAGAACCGGAUCUCAUCAGGUCCAGCUUGAUGACUGCAGGGGCUAAGCCAGGAGUCCCCAACCCUUGGCUUGAGGAGCCAGAGGAGGCCAGAGGUUUGGGUUUUGAUGAAAUCCAACAACAGCAGCAGAAGAUUAUCCAAGAACGGGAUGCAGGCCUGGAUGCCCUGUCCUCUAUCAUAAGUCGCCAGAAACAGAUGGGGAAGGAAAUUGGGAACGAACUGGAUGAACAAAACAAGAUAAUUGAUGACUUUGCCAACCUGGUGGAGAACACAGAGAGAAAGCUCCGCACCGAGACCAGGCGUGUGAACAUGGUGGACAGAAAGUCAAUGUCUUGCGGGAUGAUCAUGGUGAUUUUAUUGCUGCUCGUGGCUAUUGUGGUCAUGGCAUUCUGGCCCACCAACUAGUGACAGCAAGGGAACCGCCAGCUGUGACACCUGCCGGUGAUGGAGAAAAGCCCAGCACCCCAGUGGUACAUGAAACUGCUCUCAAUAAAUCCCUCCCCAAAGCAAAAAAGAAAAAAAGGUUUUAUUUAUUUAUUCGUGAAAGAUGCACAGAGAGAGGCAGAGACAUAGGUAGAAGGAGAAGCAGGCUCCCUGCAGGGAGCCCGAUGUGGGACUUGAUCUCUGGACCCUGGGAUCAUGCCCUGAGCCAAAGGCAGAUGCUCAACCACUGAGCCACCCAAGCAUCCCUGACGUAAACUUUUCAAUACUUGUUUUUCCAUUAAAAAAAAUUGCAUAACAAUACUUGUACCUCACAGGGUUUUUUGCAAAUUAAACGAGAUAAUAUAUGCUAAGUGCCUGGCAUAGAGAAAGAUGUCACUAAACGAUAGCCAAAAAAUGAUUAAUUAUACUAUUGUGAUUAUUUUACAAACGAGAUGCAUAUGGUUAAAGCAUUUUGGGUCACUUAGUCGUCUUCUUUUUUUAAGAUUCAUCUAUUGAUGGACAUUUGGGCUGCUUCCAUAGUUUGGCUAUUAUAAAUAAUGUUGCAAUAAACAUAAGGGUGAAUGUAUCUUUUCAAAUUAGUGUUUUCAUAUUCUUUGGGUAAAUACCCAGUAUUAGAAUUACAAGAUCAUAUGAUAAUUCUACUUUUAAUUUUUUGAGGAUCCUCCAUACUGUUUUCCACAUGGCUGCACCAGUUUGUUUUCCCACCAAUAGUGGAUAAGGGUUCCUAUUUCUCUACGUCCUUGCCAACACUUGUUGUUUCUUGUGUUUUUUAUUUUAGUCAUUCUGACAGAUGUGAGGUGAUAUCACAUUGUACUUUUGAUUUGCAUUUCCCUGAUGAUGAACAAUGUUGAGCAUCU